AAGUAGAACUAAAGUCAAACGAAAUCCCACUGUCGAGCUAAACACACAAGCAAAUCGUAAACAUUUGAUCCCUCGAAAUUACAAUAGAAAUUCCAAGUGCCCGAAAUGGAAACAAACCAUAAAGAUGCCUCGAAGCAAACAAUGGGCAGCUCCUUCUGGGAGGACCUGUGGCCCCAGCUGUUGGAGGAGAAUAAGUGCCACAUUGAGAGCAAGUCAGUCGCCUUUUAUGUGCCACGCCAACCCUUCAGUGCGCUCCACUUCCACUCCUACCUGGCAGAGGCGGGAUAUCCGGACUACGUGCUGCCCCACGAUAUGCGCUGCUGCGAGGCUGCCAAGCGGCAGGAAGCCGCCGAGGAGGAGGCACAACUGGCGGCCAAUGCAGAGACGAAGGCAAGACAGGACGCUGCCAGUGUCGAUACCGAGAGAUGCAGCUCCCAUCCGGCCAUCCAAAGCGUGGACAAGAUGGUGAACCAACUGCGGGCAGAGCAGGAGCGUCGCCAGAAGUUGGCCUACGAGUUCGCCAACCGCAAGUAUCCCUGGACCAUGCAGACGCCCAAGCACGAGCUGAGCUUCGAGGUGACCACCGAGCAGCGAGUCUGCUUUGUGCAGCCCAUGGAGAAGAAAAUCCUCGACGACCUGCUCGACCACGAAUGCAAACUGAUGAUCAUCGAUGUGGGCAAGGAUGUGGAAUUGAAAGAUUGCCAGCGUUGGAUAAAGUUUCGGCCUUACAUUCAAAUGCUGGCGCUAGUGCGAACCGCUCAGAUGGAGCGUUGUCUUCAGCUGCUGGGCGUCUUGCACACUCUGGUGGUGGAGGAGAGUGCCGGGAACAGCUGGCACGAUGAGCUGGAGGCCUCGCUGCGCAGUGGACUGAAGCAGGCCAAGCGGCUGCACAUCCUCAGGGCUUGUGGCGAGCCUUUUCUGUUCGUGUUUUCGCGGUUCCGUGGAAUUUGCACCUGCGAUACCUACGGUGUGCUCCGCCGUCUCUAGAGCCAUACACAAACGCACACACGGCGGGGUGGGGGGAUUCUUGGAUGGCUAAUUUGAAUCGACACUGAUUUGAAGUGCCAUUGCUGCCUGACGGAGCGUUCGCUCCAAUUAGGCGGCCCACAUCGAGUGCAGUUGGACGCACUUCCAGCACCAGCACCAGCACCAGCCCAAGUCCCAGAACCAGUCAGAGCCCGGAAGCACUGCACACCUCAAUGUUGCCGGGAAUGUGCCAGUCAGCCAUGUCGAGUGGUGUCAAAAUGCCUCCGUCAAACUGCCAAAGUUGAGUCCCCGCGUGGGACCAGCCAUUUAUAAUUUUAUUUGCCAACAAAAAAGCAGCGAACAUUUCGCGCCAAAUCUCAACAAAUUAUUACAAAGCUUUGCAAAACUUGGAACUGAUUAUAAAAGUUGCGAACAACAAGAGGGUGAAGCGGGAAAACCCCGCAGCUGAAAAUUGUGUUUUAGAGUGUGCGGGAGAGUGUGCAUG